CCACCUCUUCUCUUCUCCCCUCGCCUCCGCGAAGCGAGAGAAACCCCAACCUCGUCGGCGGCGAUGUCGUCGUCGUCGCGGCGGCCGGCGAGGAGGGCGGCGUUGACGGCGAGGUCGUCGUACGACGAGUCGCUGGUGGACGCCGAGCUGGAGUCCUACCUCGGGAACGCCAGGUCGCGGCGGAUCAGCCGGCUGCGCCGCCUCUCCGCCGACGAGCGGCAGCGGGAGACGGAGACGGAGGCGCUAAUAGCGCUCUCGCUGGGCUUCCCCAUUGACGAGCUGCUCCCCGCCGAGCGGCCCCUCCUGCCGGCCCCCGUCGCCGCCGCCCCCAACGACUACAUCGUCGUCCGCAACCACAUCCUCGCCUCGUGGCGCGCCGACCCGCGGGUGCCGCUCCCGCGCUCGCGCGUGCAGGAGACCGUCGCCGCCAGCUACGACAACCUUGUCGCCGUGGCGCACGGGUUCCUCGCCCGGGAGGGCCACAUCAACUUCGGCGUCUCCGCCGCGUUCCCCGCCUCCCCACCACCCGAUGCGCCGCAGCGCCUCGCCGCAUCCGUGCUCGUCGUCGGCGCCGGUCUCGCCGGCCUCGCCGCCGCGCGCCAGCUGCUCCGAUUCGGCCUCCGCGUGCUCGUCCUCGAGGGCCGCGCCCGCCCCGGCGGCCGCGUCUACACCACUCAUCUCGGCGGGGACCAGGCCGCCGUUGAGCUCGGCGGCAGCGUCAUCACCGGCAUCCACACCAACCCGCUCGGCGUGCUCGCCAGGCAGCUCGGGAUUCCACUCCACAAGGUGCGAGACAGUUGCCCGCUCUACCACCACGACGGCCGCACCGUGGACAUGAAGCUGGACAGGAGCAUGGAUCUGGUGUUCAACACGCUUCUAGAACACGCCACCCGGCUGCGAGAGUAUCUCAAGAAGGCAGCCGAGGGGAUCUCGCUAGGGGAAGGUAUAGAGAGGCUGAGACGCUUUUACAAGGUGGCGAAAAGCGUCGAGGAGAGGGAGGUUCUGGACUGGCAUUUGGCUAACCUGGAAUUCUCCAAUGCCGGCUGCCUAUCGGAGCUCUCGCUCGCGCACUGGGACCAGGAUGACCAGUAUGAGAUGGGGGGAGACCAUUGCUUCCUAGCCGGAGGGAAUGCGAGGCUGGUACACGCAUUGUGCGAUGGUGUGCCGGUGUUGUAUGAGAAGACGGUGAAGCGGAUUGAGCAUGGGGAGGAUGGGGUGAGCAUCACCGUGGAAGGAGGCCAGGUUUUCAAGGCUGACAUGGCACUCUGCACUGCUCCACUUGGAGUGCUCAAGAGCAGGAGCAUCAUUUUUGAACCGGAGUUGCCAGAGAGGAAGCUUGAAGCAAUCCAGAGGUUGGGGUUUGGGUUGUUGAACAAAGUCGCCAUGGUGUUUCCCCAUGUAUUUUGGGAUGAGGAGAUUGACACAUUUGGGUGUUUGAAUAAGGAGAGGAGCAAGCGUGGCGAGUUCUUUCUCUUCUACAGCUACCACACUGUCUCUGGUGGUGCGGUACUUAUCGCACUUGUUGCGGGAGAAGCUGCUUUGGAGUUUGAAAAGGUUGAUCCUGCUGUAGCACUUCAUAGGGUCCUUGGUAUUCUUAAAGGUAUCUAUGGCCCCAAAGGUGUUACAGUGCCUGAUCCCAUUCAAUCAUGUUGCACAAGAUGGGGUAGUGAUCCUCUUUGCUCAGGUUCAUACUCUCACAUCAGAGUUGGGUCUUCUGGCACUGACUAUGAUAUUCUCGCUGAGAGCGUCAAUGACCGGUUAUUCUUUGCUGGAGAAGCAACAAAUCGUGCAUACCCUGCAACAAUGCAUGGAGCUUUAUUGAGUGGACUAAGGGAAGCUUCCAAGAUUCUCCAUGCUUCGGAAAGUAGAUUGAAUUCUGAUUAUAAGAAGUAUGCCCUGCAGAAAAGCAUCAGACUUAUAAAUAAUGUACUGGACGACCUUUUCAUGGAGCCAGAUCUAGAAUGUGGAAGAUUCUCGUUCGUGUUCUCCUAUAUUACACCUGAGGAGGAACAGGCUCCGGGAUUGGCUAGGAUUACACUUGAGAAGCCUUUGCUUCUGCCUUCCAAGAAACGCAAAGUAAAGGGUAAUCAGAAGGAUCAGGACCCUGUGGCUGAGAAGAUAGACCAAGAGGUGUUUUAUUUAUACGCCACCGUCUCGCAAGAGCAAGCAACUGAACUAUUGGAAUGCGACAAUGAUAAAAGUAGGAUAGCAGUUCUAUGCAAAGAUCUUGGUGUUAAACUAAUGGGUUACGACAGUACAUACGAUGUAUGUAGUCAUCUGAUUUCUAGCAUCUCGAGAGCUCAGAAAGCCAGGAAAAGGUUGCAGGGACCGAAGAGCUUGAAAACCGGACUUUGAUCUGUACCGCUACUUUAUUCUUGUUUGUAGAAAAGAACCCCAUAUUUUCUCUUUUGGUUUGGGCCAAAAACUGGCUCAUAGAUUGUUCUCUAGUGUGCAAACUUUAGACGUGGGGCAGGAAAACCAAGAUCCUCCCUGCCAUUUGUAACAUGGCAGUCAUCAGUCAUCUGGCCUCCCUCAGUAGAUUAGAACUUAGAUGCACUGAUAAAUUUCAAUGAAUAGUUUGGUUGCAGGUACUAUUGGAUUCUUUUAGGGAGGCUACUAUUGUUUUCAUCUUCCCCCUUUUUUUUCUAGAUGUUGUUCCUAUAUUGGUAUCUGGCAGUUUAUGUGUUGCUGAAAUGGUGGAUAAGCUCACUUCUGGACCA